AUGAGUGAGAAGAACCAAGUAGAGAGGUACCAGACUAAGUUAUACGUGAAGGUAAAACGGAAGCCUGGUUUUCUGAUGAACAUCGCAGUGUCCCUGGCACUGCCCACACUGGCACCGGUCAACGGCAGGUCGUUACAAGUGCAGAGCAGCGUAGUGAGAGAGCUGGCACCAGAGGACCUCACUUGGGACCCAGCCUAUGAACUUCCACUCAUGAAACUCACUAUUUACUUCGCCCAUCUCGAGCUGCCGGUGCUGUCGUGUCAGGAGCGACUGAUCUGUGAGCUGACAGCUGACCCUGACACUUUCUUCCCCAUCAGCCAGAUCUUCAUGAAGGAACUCAGGCUUAUUAAUGGGCCAGUUACAAUGAAGUCAGACUCUCUGAUGUGGAAGUACAUGACUGCUGCUCGUGAGGGUUUCACCUCACCCAUUGAAAACUGUGCUAGAGCCUACGCCAGCUGUCCUGUACCAGCUGAGAGGAUCAUCAACAUGCCUCAGCUCAGACUCUGGCAGUACUUUGCUUCAAGACUUAACAUUGAUGUUUUCUAAAUGCAGUGGAACCAGGAGUUAAGUCCUGGCUUUCUCCCUUCCCAUUAUUAGAGUUCCUCUCUCAUAACCUUCCCUUCUUUACCUCCCACUAGUGACAAUCAUUAACUCUACCCAUCAAUCUCUUCCACUAGUGACACUAAAUCUACUCUUCCAUUAGUAACACUUACUAAAUCUACUCUUCCAUUAGUAACACUUACUAAAUCUACCCUUCCA